CCACCGCAGCUCUGGGCUCACGUUCUGGAUAAGGACGGCGCGGGGGCGGUUGUCUCAUUACAAUUUCAUUCUCGUUUUGUCAUUUUUCUCAUUUAGCUCAUUUUUGUCAUUUUAGUCCAUUGUUAGGCAUGCUCGAGGACUACUCCUUCGGAGAGAGGUCGUUGCGGAGGAGGGGCCGGGAGCGUGUGUUAACCCGGAAGAAGUGAACCAGGAAGUCAACGUGAUUUCGGGUUUGUAGGGCUGAAAUGUGGCGGGUCUCUGAAGGUUCCGACCUCAGUAGAGAGCUGACGUCUGUUCUUCUUUUUCUUAGAUGCUGAGAUGAAUCGUCACCUGUGUGUUUGGCUUUUUAGACAUCCAUCUCUUAAUGGUUACCUCCAGUGUCACAUCCAGCUCCAUUCUCAUCGAUUUAGACAGAUACAUCUUGAUACAAGGCUGCAAGUUUUUAGACAAAACAGGAAUUGCAUUUUUCAUCUGUUAAGUAAGAAUCGGCCCAGGAGAUAUUGCCAUCAAGACACCAAGAUGCUUUGGAAGCAUAAAGCACUACAGAAAUAUAUGGAGAACCUGAAUAAGGAGUACCAAACACUUGAGCAAUGUCUGCAGCAUAUACCUGUGAAUGAAGAGAACCGAAGGUCCUUGAACAGAAGGCAUGCUGAGUUGGCACCUCUUGCAGCCAUUUACCAAGAAAUUCAGGAGACUGAACAAGCAAUUGAAGAAUUAGAAUCAAUGUGUAAAAGCCUAAAUAAACAAGAUGAAAAGCAGUUACAAGAACUUGCACUGGAAGAAAGGCAAACCAUUGAUCAAAAAAUCAACAUGUUGUACAAUGAGCUUUUCCAGAGCCUUCUGCCAAAGGAGAAAUAUGACAAAAAUGAUGUUAUUUUAGAGGUGACAUCUGGAAGAACUACUGGAGGUGACAUCUGCCAACAAUUUACCCGAGAAAUAUUUGACAUGUACCAGAAUUAUUCGUGCUAUAAACACUGGCAAUUUGAACUUCUGAAUUAUACACCAGCAGAUUAUGGUGGACUACAUCAUGCCGCCGCCCGAAUUUCUGGUGACAGUGUCUAUAAGCAUUUGAAGUAUGAGGGUGGGAUUCACCGAGUUCAGCGUAUCCCCGAGGUGGGCCUGUCCUCAAGGAUGCAGCGCAUUCACACAGGAACGAUGUCGGUUAUUGUCCUUCCUCAACCAGAUGAGGUGGAUGUGAAAUUGGACCCCAAGGAUUUGCGAAUAGAUACAUUUCGAGCCAAAGGAGCAGGAGGGCAGCAUGUUAACACAACUGAUAGUGCUGUCAGACUUGUCCACAUCCCCACAGGGCUAGUAGUAGAAUGCCAACAAGAAAGAUCACAGAUAAAAAAUAAAGAAAUAGCUUUUCGUGUGUUGAGAGCUAGACUCUACCAGCAGAUUAUUGAGAAAGACAAGUGUCAGCAACGAAGUGCUAGAAAACUGCAGGUGGGAACAAGAGCCCAGUCAGAGCGAAUUCGGACAUAUAAUUUCACCCAGGAUAGAGUCAGUGACCACAGGAUAGCAUAUGAAGUUCGUGAUAUUAAGGAAUUUUUGUGUGGUGGGAAGGGCCUGGAUCAGCUAAUUCAGAGACUGCUUCAAUCAGCAGAUGAAGAAGCCGUUGUUGAACUUUUGGAUGAACACCUUAAAUCAGCAAAAUAAAUACUGACUUAUUAUUAAUUAUGAUUAUAUAAAUGAAAUGGACCUAUAUCAAGAGGCAGACUAAGGUUUGGAAAUCUUUAUGAAUAUUUGUAAAUUACAGCUAUAAGAACACAUUACACAUAAAUAUGUGUUUUUUAAUGAAUCGAGGUCACAUUUCCUAACCUAAGGAUUUAUUUUAGGUUUCCUGUAAAGUACGAUCCAACUCAUCAAGUAGAAAAUAAGCAUGCAUCACUGAAAAGGGAAAGUAUUGAGAAGUGAUUGUGUGAUUUAGGACAGGUCACUUGUUCUCUUUAUACGCCUUUUUUCCCUGCCAUCUAUGAAUUAAUUUAAGCAUAUUUUUCAUCUACUACUUCAGGAAAAUAUGGUAAAAUUUAGUGAAAUAUGAAUGACAGGCUUACUUAUAAACCUUUUAUUUAAAGACAAAGUACUUUGGCCUACAGUGGUUGCUUAUGCCUAUAAUCCCAGCACUUUGAAGGGCCAAAAGGGGAAGAUUUCUUGAGGCAAGAAUUUGAUACUAGCCUGGGCAAAAUAGACCCCAUGUCUACAAAAACAUUCAAAACAUAAAGAAAAAACAUAAUACUGUUAAUCAUGUUAAAGUUAAGACUUAGACUUCAACUUUUAAAUAAAAAUUAUGAAGAAUAUGAGUCACUCAAUAGCAAUGAGCAUCUAGGUACAGACUGUAAAGCUCUUUGAUUACUGUAUGAAUUCUACACUAUAUAAACAUAAGUUGAUAUUUUAAA